AAUGUCUUCCUCACUGCGCUCAUCGACGUUGCGGAGCUGUCUGCGACGGUCACCCGCUUUCGCCUCUCAAAAGACUGGCACUCGUACUUUGACUACGUCUCGUGUGCUCAGAGAAGAGGCCGCCCCGAAUGUCGGUGCGCCAAUUCGUCAGAAGAAGCCCAUCGGCGCCGUCCGGGGCAGCAUCGUCGGGUUCUUGGCCGGGUUCUCUCUAGCGGCAUCUCUUGCAGCAUAUAACCUGCUGGACGAGUAUAACAUGGCCUCUGCGGCUCUCCAGGCGAGCGUCGAUGAGCUCAAGCUGAGCACGGAGAAGAUUACUGCUCACGUGCGCAGAAUUGAAGCAGUAGAAAAGGAUCUCAAGGCGCUUGCCGAUACCACGGCGUCCAAAGAAAACCUGUCGAGUCUGCGAGGAGAGAUGAAGAAACUCUACGACGGACUGAACGUUGAGUAUCUGGGUCUGCGCGCGAAUGUUUGGGGGAUUCAACAAGAUGUGCACGCCUUGUCUAAAAAAGAUACCACUUCUGUCCGGAUAUGAUCUGUUUGGACUGUGUGCAAUUCAUAGAUUGUCUUCUUGCGUGCGAUCUGUCGUUCAUCAUUGCACGGCUGCUGCCAUCAACUCCGGCGUCUGAGCUAAAUGCUCCCAGACGGAUUCUCAAGAUCUUUGUUGGUCUAAUAACAGGCAACGGCAGUUCCCUGGUCCGGGCCCAAUGGACUGUUCUCUACUCUCUGGCGCGUUCAUCAGAGGACUGGUGAUCGUGUGUACGAGAUGUCUUCGUGUAUGCCUGCUUUGCUCCCGGUUGCAGCACCGGCGAAAUUCUCAUCCACGUUGCAUGGGUGCUGAUGUAUGCAUCUUCCCCGGAACGUGAAUCCUGUCAGAACGGCAAUCACUUAUGAGGCGGUUUUUGCCAGAGACUGAUGUGCUUUUCUUGGAUAUAUCUAUCAAUCAUGUCGUUGACUGCCAGUCGCAAGCAAGCCCGUGGGGUUACCAAUGCCACGCCGCAACGACCAAGACCGAUCGCAGUACUUUCAACACCUGCUGCGGUCGUCGUCCUUGGCACACGAUUCUGCAGCUGACCAACUUCAUUUCAUGUCGAAGGAAGUCCCGACUCGUUGCGUUUUGUAUCACCUUUCGCUCCCGGAUCCCGCGCAUCUCACCCGGCAUCGUACGGGCUUCACCGAGAUCUCUCUCGUAAAAUGAAACAUGAUGGUCUGGGAUAUUUACGGUUUUUCCGACUGACCUCCGCGCCAGCGGUGAUACCGGCCACUGAUCCUCCAUCGUCACUCCAUGAUCGUCUCAUUUGCAUGUUGGAAACAAAACACACCGUCGCUAUUAGGGCGUAUUUGCAAGGCUUCUC